AGUUCCCCCUAUUGGACACUUUACAUUGUGCCUUUGUUACCAGGGUAUGGCGUUGGAAAAGUGGGUACUUUGUUUGGAGUAUCCGUUUUACAAGAACUAAGUUACUUUUUUCUCCCAGACUGAGUGUAUGUGUAUCAAACGACCGCGGGGAACGGACUCGUGAGGGCAGAGGGACUCGUGAGGACAAAGGGACGCAGCCGCCGCCACCGCGACACUACUCAGCGCAGUCCCCGAUGGCUUCGUCCCUGGAUUUUAAAACUUAUGUAGAUCAGGCAUGUAAAGCUGCUGAGGAAUUCAUCAAUAUUUACUAUGAGACAAUGGACAGAAGAAGACAGGCACUAACCAGGCUGUAUCUGGACACGGCCACUCUAAUAUGGAAUGGCAAUGCUGUUUCAGGGCUAGCAGCCCUAAAUAAUUUUUUUGAUACGCUGCCUUCCAGUGAGUUCCAGGUCAAUACAUUAGAUUGCCAACCAGUUCAUGAGCAAGCUACUCAAUCCCAGAAUACAGUUCUUGUUGUGACCAGUGGAAUUGUGAAGUUUGAUGGAAACAAACAACACUUCUUCAACCAGAACUUCCUGCUGACUGCUCAGUCUACUCCUCACAGCACCGUGUGGAAGAUUGCAAGUGAUUGUUUCCGUUUCCAAGAUUGGGCUAGUUGUUAAAGGGGGCAAAAGUCCACUUUCCUUUGGUCCAUUAGUUCCAGCAAAAAAAUCUAUGUGAGUUCAUUUAUUUCAUUGUGGAAGCACUAGAAACUAAUAUGUGCUCAACUUCUUUAAUUUUUUUAUUCCUAGCAGCACCUUUUCUAGCAGCUGCCAGUUUUGAUCGUUGCCCUUAAGAGCUUUAAUGCAAAUUUUUUACAUGCCUUAUAUACAUUUCACUAAUGACAUAAUUACAGUAACAUUAAACACACGAUCUCAGUACUAACAUACUCACUGUGAGCCCAGCCUAUUGCAAAAAUGAAAUCCUUUUGUAAUACUAUCUACAGGAUAUCAGCACAGUGUAAUAGGAAUCAGAUCAAUAUAAUUCUGGGAGGAAGUGAAGUGGUUUUAUUGGCAUUAGCUUAAUUUUGUAGUAGAAUACAUAACUUUUCAGUAAACACUGGUAAUGUAGUUUUAAUGAGGCUUUUUCAAAUUAGUUCAGUUGAAAACAUUACAGUUUGCAUAACUAUUCUGACCAAUUCAAAUCACAUGUAGGGAUGUUCAGUAGUCUUUUUUCAUAUUAAGUAGCUUUUUUAUGUUGGCAUAUUUUCUUAGGGAGUGAAUUAAUCUACUAAAAUGUUCUCAGUUGAUACCUGAGUAGUAGAUACAACUCAGUAGCUUACGAGCAAAACCUCUUAACGUAGUAUUUCUUGGCAGCUCUACGUCUGUAACUUAGGUAGUGAAUGGUUGUGGGACUAAAUAGCUUUAAUGGGAGAAUGGGGAGUGAGAAAUACAGAGAUCCAAGAUUAGCUGAAGUUCAGGAGGGGUAGCCAAAUGUCAAACUUUCGGUACUUGUUUUCUACCUCCUAAAAGUGUAGCCUAUUUUUAGGAUUUAAGUCAUUAAGAUAGUAAGUAUCUUUGCCAAAUGGUCAUGAGUGUCACUUGUCCUAUGAUUUUUUAAGGUUUUUCCUGUUCACCUCAUACUUACCACCAAUGUAUGCCUCAAUUUAUUCAAGAACUAAUGAGGUAAAAUGUCAGCAAUAAGUCUGACCCUGCAGGGUCUGACAGGAAAGUUUGAAACAAAGCCAUCGCUAUCUCUUUGGGACACCUUUAGUUUCUAAGUCUUCCAUAUGAUCUUUAGGCCAAAGUCUCCCCCAGUUAUUCCCCACCCCCAAGUAAUUGACUGUUUCCUAUGUUUUACACUGUCAACUGCAUUAUUUUUUUUUACUUAUAAAGUUAAAACUAUAUAAUUUUAUGACUUAUACUUCUAUGUCGAAUUGAGCAAGUAGAUCUAUUUUAAAACAUGUCCUGUCCUGUGGCUAACUCUUUUUAAAGAGAAAAUAGAGAACAGCACAUCUUUAUAACUCAUAAAGUUCAAAAGAACAAAUUGAUUCAUUUUAUGUCUCAACAUCUAAAGAAAGAAGUUAAUUUUGGAUUUGGUUAAAUUUUAAACAUUUUUCCAUUCUUGAAUUUACCUUAUUUUUAAGCUAAAUAUACCAUCUUUGUUUCUACAUUGUAACUCAAAGUUAAUGUUUCUUAUCACUUAACUUUAAAACCAGUAAUUCAUUUACUCUUACCCUAAACUAUACGUUUUAUUUCUGUUAUAUUACCAAAAUAGAGUUAAAUAGGACAGGGGAGUAGAAUUGAAAUUAAGAUCAUACCCCCCUCUGGUACUGAUCAAAACGUAUGUGUAAUAUUCUACUCAAAGUGAGCUUAUUCUAAUUUUGGAUUGGCUUUUUCAAACCACAGCUUUAUCAGGAACAGUCAGUACUCAAACACUGUCCUUUUCCUUAUGGAGAACAGUCUCAAGUAAAAGCUGCAGAUAACUAGCAAUAACUGAAUUGAGUGGUUAUAUACUGUUUGUGAAUUGUUUAAGUUUUAAGAUUUGUAUGUGCAUUGCUUUCUCCAAACUGUAUAACUUUUAAAUGGCUGGAACUACUCUUCUAUGGACUAGACUUUAUUUUUGACAUGCACAUAUUUUUGUAAGUUGAAAAAAUAAAACUUUGCCUUAUGACAA